AAUAUAACCCUUGAUUUAAAAAAUGAUGAUUUACAGAGUAGAUAUUUCGUAAACACUGCACAGACAGGUUCAGAUUCUAAUCAACAGGCAUGAAUCAGUCGGUGGAAAGUACCACUGGUGUUGAUAAUGACAUCAUCGAAAUUAUACCGAUGGAGGAGUAUGAUAGCAACAAGGCAAAGCUUCAGUGUUCUGUAUCAUGGAUUCUUGACAAAGCAUUUAGAGAUCAAAUACCAAAGGAUCUGAAGGACCCCUUCUAUGAAACUCAAGAUGGUGCAUUACAUGUUAAACCUCAGUUGUUGAACCUGAUGGUUUCCAGCGAAAUCUAUUGUCAAGCCUGCAAUAAUAUGUUUGGAGAUUCUUCUUUGCAAUGGCGAGGGACGUCAGGUCAUUCAACCAUAAUACAGGUGAUGUCCAGAAAAGGAAUCUAUGUUGUGGAUGCUAGUGAUAAUGCUGUUACAGAGUCUGUGCUGAUUAAGUCUGCUCCCUUUGAUGUGGGUGCUCACAUUGCCUUGAUUGAUACCUUGAUGCUGGCAUACAUCAGACAGACUGUGACCAUUGAGAAGGCUGUCCAGGCAGUGAGGAAGUUUGCCACGUUUAAUGCCUCUAGUGAGCUACCAUCCAGCGUGGAAGAUGCGCUAUUGUUCUGGAUCAAUAAAGUGUGCGUGGCUGUACAACUCAGUAUUAACAAGGAAGAUAACCAGGUGUUAGAAGGGGAGACAAGUCAAAAGGUGAGAAUAGUUAGUAAAUCUGGGAUGAGCAUGAGGGAAUCGGUGAAUAUUCCACUUAUAGAAGAUCUGUCUCAGGACAUCGGUGAUGGCUGUUCUCUGGCUGUUCUGAUCAGUUUCUACUGUCCUUCUGCACUAAGUCAACAAGAUAUAUGUUUGAAGUCGAAUGUUGGCAUUGCUGACUCUCUGUAUAACUUGAGGCUGGUGAAAGAAUUCUGUGAUAACUACAUCCCAGGAAAGGUUUUUCAUCUCACUUACGAAGACUUUCUAUACAUGCACAAUAAUCUCCGAGGGAAUGUGGAAGUAUUCCUGGCUGAGCUGUUUUAUUGGUUUGAACUUCAGAAACUGGACUGUGUCCAAGAUGAAUCAGGUUCUCGUCCCACCACAGCCAAGAAACUGACCAGUAAUGCCAUUCCAAACCUUCCCCCAAUCAGUAAUGUCACCAAACAGAGCUUUCAUAAGACGUCCAUGGAUGACGCUGGCUUUCCCCGUAACGUGACCCAGGUGGCUCCAAGACAACCUCUUUUACACAAACGUCAGCAGGAAUCUGGCCAUGAACCUGGUGUCAGUCACAAAGGUCAUGGGACUGGGCUACCAAGACCCAAGUCAGCAGUGACAGUCAGUGACAGGAAUGUUGUACACCAGUCAGUGCUAGCUUGGCAAGAGGACAGUCAACAGUCAGAUGUAAUGCAACAAAGUGGUGGAAGUAACUUACUGGCUAAUGUUAGUAUUGACUCGGAGUUAAUGGAAAGCUUUACUGAUGAUCAGCUGGGGAGUCUUGACAUGGAUUUAAGUGACACACCCCCUCCUACACUUCCAUCCAAUGAGGAGGCCAGAAACUUGGCAUCUAAUUUGCAUGAUCCCAGUCAUCCAGAUUAUAUGGAAGUGCAAAGUGUUACCUCAGGAACUGUGACAAAUAGAACAAUACAUCAAGAGGAGGAAGUUAGGCCAGACAGUGAAGCUAGCUUACCUCAAAAACCCCCAAAUCAUCAAGAUUUGUUGAAUGAAUUUAGUGCUCAAGUUGAUCCUAAAGUCAACAGACAAAGUAAAGAUCAACAAUAUGAACCACUUUUACCUGCAAAACUAAAGCCUUGUAAGGAAGCAAUAAAUAACCACAGCAAAGAACAGGAGAGAGGGGAACAGUCUUUAUUUUCCAAAUCUGUGAAGUCAAGAGAAAUGGAUGUGGGGUCUUCAAGUGUUUUAAGUGACAGUAGUAGCUCUGUACCUGUGACUCCUCUUCCAGAAGAUCAACUCUCAGACCAGGAUGUUCCAAAACAGCCACGAUAUGCUGCAUUUACAGUUAAUGCAGAACUAUCACAAGACAUGGAAUCUCCCCGGAGAAGUGUGUUAUCUACGGCACGGAGUCAGGGUGGUACAGCUGAUUCAGUCAAAGGGAGCUACACAGUCUCUAAUGAGGCCACCUCAGAAUCUGCCAGGGCUGCUGGUAUCCCUGUGGUAGGUGAAAGUGGGGAACAAUCUUGGAGGCGAUGGGGCUCAAGAGAGGGAAGUGUUGCCAGUAGCAGGAGCUCUGGGGACAACUCCGAUCAUGAGUCUCAUAAAAUUCAUUAUGACCAGAAGGGCAGUGAGAACAAAGACAAAAUUAGGGAAGUAUCACCACCAAAGUCACUUACACGAUUUGGAUCCAAAGAGAAUACGGUGUUUCAAAAGCCCAAAAUGAUUGUGAGAAGUAAAACUACAAUUUCACCCAAAAAAGAGACUUCUAAGCACAUGACAACUAAUUUUGCGGAAAUAAAAAGAAUGAAAAAUGUACAUGGCAAUGUGGACAAUUCUGGAAUGGUAUAUAUGCAGCAUGGGCAUGAGGUGAAUAAUAAAGUGAUGCAGGGCUCAACCACCCAAAUUAAUAAUAGAAACAUCCAAAAUACAACAUCGCCCAGCAGGACAACAUGGCAGCAUACCAGCACUGUAAAAUCUCCAGAUGAAACUACUAGUGAUUCUUCUGAAAACAGUGAUAAUCGCCCAGUGUUAUCAGAACUCACAGAAAUCAGACUCAAGUUGGAGGAAAAGAGGAAACAAAUUGAGAGGAAGAAAAACAGGAUGGAAAUUCAACAGCAAAAGCAGCGACAGAAAUUGGGUAAAACAGCUUUUCUUCAUGUUGUUGCUAAACCCACUGAAGAGGAAGAAGUGUCAGAUGGCCACAGUUCACAUGGAAGUGAGGCUUCUCUACCUGGGAGUGAGGAGGCUCUAAGUUCAACAUCCGACAAAGAUCGUCGAACAUCUCUCACUGAUGGGAAAACUUCAGGAACACCUCAAGGCAACAGGGCAUUUUCAAGGGAAGGAAUUCAACAAACGAUAGAAAAUGUGAGGAAGAAGUGGUUUCAAGAUGAAAAGGAUGAGAGAAUUCCACGAUCUGAAGUCAAAGUGGAAGAGACUGUGAACAGAAGAGAGAGUAGUCCUCAGAAUGGAGAAAUUGGUGCUUUUGCUGUACCAGCAAGGAGAGAAACUCUGCCUCCAAAACAACAAAUUCCAGUUGAGCAGAACAUCAGUAAACCAGAUAAGAAAACUACAAAGACUUCAGAAUUAGAUGAUUCAUCUGUGUACAACCAGAAGUUGGAGAAAUUGGAUCAUGAUCUUAAUGACUUGAAAGGAGAAAUAUUGAGGAUGUCACUUGAGCAGGAACAGUUUAAUGGGAAUCCGGUUGUUACUUCUAUAGCAUCAAGACCUUCAGCUGCCCAAUCCAGAUAUGCAAUGGAUACCCCUGAAAGGAAAUUACAGGGAAAAGCAUUCCAAACUCCAGAUCUUGCUUCCUCAAAGGAUGUGGAUAUAAACACUCCAGAGAGACUUCAAUAUGGGACGCCUGUAGUCUGUCGUCCGGCUGGAUAUACGUGCCCUAUAGAUCCCAGUCUACCAACCCCAGAAAGAGCUGUGAUGGGAGGAGGUGUAGCUCAGUAUCCCCAGGGACUCCCUCCCCAGAUGCCUGUUACACAACCAUUUCAGCCUCAAGUCCUGCCUCAAUCUUCACCAUAUACUGGACAAAGUCAGUUCAGUCCUAUGCGACAUACACAUGUGCCAUAUAGUGGUUUACAUACACAUAGCACCAUGCCAUUCCCUCAACCCCAGUUUCCUCUUACCCCUCCCCAAGUCUACCAACAAUCUCCUCCAUACGCAGUAAAUCCCAAUUUGGUGUCUCCUCAUGGCCAUUAUGGGAUGCAAGGGAUUUACAACAUGACUUCUCAACAAUUCCCUCUCCAUUCUCACAUCACAUCCUCUUCUCCAGCUCAUCCUCCUGUCUCUUAUAUGAAUUCCCCAAAUCACACAGGAGCUCAAGUCUUUCAACCUAAUGUAGAUAAUAAUACCAUCCCACCUGUGCUAUCUGUAUCCCAGGCUGACAAGCCAGCUACUUCUAGUGCUUUCAAUGACAGUGGUCUUAGUAAUAAAGUGGAAACUCCUGACAUGCAAAAUGUAAGUGUGUAUGAUGGAUCUCAGAACAAAAGUGAUCUACAAAGUGACACUUCUGCUGAUCAGAAUGGAUUUUUUGUAUCCUUUGGCAGUGAAUCUCCAAAAACAAAACCGAAACUUUCUAGUGCUAAAACUCAAAGGGCAGUAACUCCUGAACCAGCUAGUCAACAAAACCAAACACAACAGUCACCUCCAAUGAACCAGUCUAGUCAGUCCGCUAACCUUGACAUGUCUGUCACUCCUGGGAAUACUUCUGUGAACUCCCAGAUGGACACCUCUCAGCAUGAUUCCUCUGGCAUUGGCUUUGUAGUUGGAGAAGGCCAGGAAAAUCUUACAAAGUCAAUGGAAGAAGAACUGAAUAGGAAGAAAGAAAAAUUUAUACAAAUGCAGAUCAAACGCAAAGAGGAACAAGACAAAAAACGUCAGUAUAAAGAACUAGAAAUGGCACGUCGCAAAGAACAAGAGAGAAUUAAACAAGAAGAAGCAGAAAGAAGGAAAGCCAGUGAAAAAGCACGGAGGGAGGAAAUCUUUCGCCAAUACCAGGACAAAAAACAUCAGGAAGAGGAUGACUACGCACCACCUGUCCGCAGAAACAGGUCCAAGACUCGAGAAAAGCAGCGCCCUAAGUCUAUGUUUGUCAAGGGGGACCCUCAGUCUGGAUCUGUGGAAGGUUUGCUCUCCAAUAGUUCUCAAGAGGAUCUGUCUUCUCAAGCUUUCACUAUCAGUCCUGGUCACACAGGCUCUUCGGGUGUUGGUCCUAGGAAACCCCCAAGCUUAGCACCACGCCCAGGAAAAAUACGAAAAGCAGCAUCAUGUAACACCCUAACCAGCUCCACAGAGGGAAGACUGACCUACAGAAGACCACCAUCACCAGAUCUUGGUCGAUUAAAGGGAAAAGGAAGAGGAAGUACAGAGAGCAGCGAAUCUGGAUCUGAUUAUGCAGGUCCUAAGUUGUUUGUCAAGCCAAGCUCUAAGUCAAACCGUCACAUCAUCAUUAAUGCCAUCAGUCAGUGUGUGUUAGCAGGUCCUGUCAAUGCUGAUCAGAAAAACAAAGUUCUGGAGGUUCUGGCCAAGUCAGAUGCUAAACAUUUCCUGAUCCUGUUCCGAGACCACUCCUGUCAGUUCCGCGGACUUUACAGCUUUGAUCCAGAUACAGAGGAUUCCCUCAAAAUCCAUGGAAUAGGACCCAAACAAAUCACCAGCAAAAUGAUUGAGAGGUUUUACAAGUAUAAUUCAGGAGGAAAAAGCUUCAGCGAGGUGACUUCCACCAAACACUUGUCUGUGUCAAUAGAUGCUAUAGUUAUACACAAUGCCUUGUGGAAGACAUCGUCCAAACCACCUCACAAAAAGUGAAGCUAAUCAUUAACGAUUGGAAAUUUUAAUACCCUCAAAUCAUGCAAAUGGGAAAUUAAGCCACUGCAGCCCAUGAGCUGCUGUCCAGCAAAUAUUUCCAUGAUCAUCCGAGCAAGGCAUAUAGUACUGUCAAGGUGUGUGAAUGUGGCUUUCAAAGAAGUGUUUUGAUUAUGGUUGGCCAUUUUGUUAUGUUUGCAGAGGCUGGAUUACUAGACUUGUAAUAUUUUAAUCGGUUGAAAAAUAUAAUCAUACUCUGGCAUAUAAAAACUCCUACAUGUACUCAUUCUGUCUCAUUGCAUGUGCUGUUUCUACAUACUCAGUUUUCAGGAAUAUUUAUUAUUUUUGCUUAUCUUUCUUACAAAAUGUAAAACAUUUUUUUGCUUCUUGUAUAUCAAAGAUUGCCAUUCCAAAAACUCGUAUGUGUAUUAGUUUUUAGAAGCUUGUAUAUAGACCUGGAAGCUGACUUUCCCCUCUUAGAAAAAUGAAUUUAAUCAAGACAUUCCCAAAUACCCUUUUUUCAAGUGCUUUUCCAUAUGCUAUCAGUGAUUAUCCAAUUGAUUCUUUGCAAUUUUAAUAAUUUUAUAGAGGCAUUUCAUGGUGUGUUUGAAUUUAAUUUCGUAUAAGUAAAACUUGGAAGUCUCUUUUGUUAGGUCCAUUUUACUACUGCCAUAGAUAUCAGUGGUGUGCAUCUCCUUUUAUUUACAGAAAAACUGUUAGCAUCAAUACAUAGAAAUGUGUAAUAAUUUGUCUAUGAUCAUAAUUUAGAGCAAUACAGAUGAAAGCUUAAGAAGAAUAUUUAUCGUUUAUG